CUUCCUACAACGCAGGCUUCUGUUGAACUUGUAAGUCCCACGUCAUUGAGUCACUGCACGCUUACCACUGGCAGCCAUGAGCUACUCAAUCGAAGAACGAGGAAAUCCCAACACUCUGAGCUAUAGAGUGUUUUAUAAGGACCAAGAUGGGAAAUACAUUUCACCAUUCCAUGACAUCCCUAUCUAUGCAGAUGAAGCCCAGAACAUUUUCCAUAUGGUUGUGGAGGUACCCAGAUGGACAAAUGCAAAAAUGGAGAUUGCCACAAAGGACCCACUUAAUCCAAUAAAGCAGGAUGUGAAAAAGGGGAAUUUGCGUUAUGUGGCCAAUGUUUUCCCACAUAAAGGAUACAUCUGGAACUACGGUGCAAUUCCUCAGACCUGGGAAGACCCUGGCCAUAAAGACUGUGACACUGGAUGCUGUGGGGACAAUGACCCAAUAGAUGUCUGUGAAAUUGGCAGCAGGGUAUGCUCAAGAGGAGAAGUUAUUAAAGUGAAACUUCUGGGUGUACUGGCUAUGAUUGAUGAAGGCGAAACUGACUGGAAAGUUAUUGCAAUCAAUGUUGAUGACCCAGAAGCAAAAGACUUGAAUGAUAUUACUGAUGUCCAGCGACUCAAGCCUGGCUACCUUGAAGCUACUGUGGACUGGUUUAGACGGUACAAAGUACCAGACGGGAAGCCUGAAAACCAGUUUGCUUUCAAUGGCGAGUUUAAAGACAAGGACUUUGCCAUUAAGACAAUCAAAAGCACCCAUGACUUCUGGAAAGCACUUAUUUCACAACAGACCAAUGCAGGUGGUCUGAGCUGUAAAAACACUUGUGUGUCGGAGCCCGGCACUCCGUUCUGCUGUUCACUGGAGGACGCCAAAGCACUUGUUGAAGGCACUUGUCCCUGUGGCGAUGCUGCAUCUAUUCCAGACUCGGUUGACAAGUGGUUUUAUUAUCAGAAGUGAAAAGAGAAAAGACGAAUCUUGAUGGACCGGUCCCACUGCAGCCGUUUAGAGUAUGUGAACAUAGACAGAAAUGAAGAACUUAACAUGGAUCCAAGUUUACAAUCGGGGUAGCAGGGAAAGGCUAACGCACAUUACUAAAUACGUAUAUGCGUUUCAUUCAUUUAACCAGUGUACUGUUAGAUUGCAUACUGUUUAUGAUUGUUUAGGAUCUGGUCAAACUCAGGUACUGGACGGUUGCAUCAAUAAAGUUUUUCUGUUUGUUCCUGUCA